AUGGAGCAAAUGGGAGCGCGAGCCGCCUCCGUUUACGCGCUUUUAGCCGUGAUCGAACCAGGUUUGGCGAUGAAAGAGUUGAAAUCCAUGUCGGAAAUGGAUGAAGACGCGACGAUCACGCAGUGGCCCACCGCUUGGGGUGAAUCUCACCGUUGGAAAGGAGGAACUCAAGACGCUUUCACACAUUUUCCAGGAAAUGAUCGACAAAUAUGGUGCAACUCCCUAUCUUUUGGUUGGUCAAUCCAAGUAAAUCUCUCUGUUACUCAAGGACAGGGUGAAUGCCGAAGGGUGCUUGAUGUAGAGUUUUAU